AUGUCAAAGUUUGUGGUUGACUUAUUGUUGUAUUCUUGCAACUCCAGUGAUGGCAAGCUAGAGAUAGUGGUACCAUCAUUUGUCCAUUACCUCGAAGUAUUGGAGGGUUCUGAUGGUGAUAAAAUGCCAGGAUGGCCUGCUUUUCACCAAUCGACAGUCCAUUCCAGCCCUCUCUUAUAUGAUAUAGACAAGGAUGGUACAAGAGAAAUAGCGUUAGCUACCUAUGAUGGAGUUGUAAAUUUUUUCAGGGUCUCUGGCUAUCUGAUGAUGGAUAAGCUAGAAGUACCUCAUAGAAAGGUUCGUAAAAACUGGUAUGCUGGCUUGGAUCCAGAUCCAGUGGAUCGUUCACAUCCAGAUGUCCAUGAUGAUUCAAUUUCCAAGGAGGCUUCUGCUAAGAACUCAAUAUCUCAUAUAAAUGGGAGCAUGAAUGGGUCAAAUAAUUAUGAUUCUACAAACAUUGUGAACAACCUCUCAAUGAAUACAUCUAAGCUUGAGGACAGAGGAAAACUUGAUUUUGCCCAAACUAGUCAAUACAAUGGAGUGUCAAGCAAUCUUAAUGACACAAUCAAAAGGGACGCUUCAUUGGAAAAUGGUACAGAGGAAAAUCAAACACAAACGCAAAGAAGGCUUCUUGAAGAAAUUGAUAAUCAAGGGGCCCACGAUGGACAUUCGAAAGACCAUAACACUGGUGAUGGAGUGCAAGGAGCAACUGUGGAAAAUGACCAAGAACUGGAAGAAGAAGCUGAUUCAUCUUUUGAUUUGUUUAGAGAUACAGAUGAGUUAGUUGAUGAGUAUAAUUAUGACUAUGAUGAUUAUAUUGAUGAAUCAAUGUGGGGGGAUGAAAAUUGGAUAGAAGAGAGCCAUGAGACAGCAGAAGAUUAUGUUAGCAUAGAUUCACACAUACUUUGCACUCCAGUAAUUGCUGACAUAGAUAAUGAUGGUACUAAAGAAAUGGUUGUGGCUGUUUCAUACUUCUUUGACCGCGAGUAUUAUGAUAAUCCAGAGCAUUCAGCUGAGUUAGGGGGUAUCAACAUUGAAAAAUAUGUAGCAAGUGAGAUUGUAGUUUUCAACCUUGAUACAAAGCAAGUCAAAUGGAUUCAAGAUCUUGAUUUAAGUGUCGAUUCGGGGAAUUUCCGUGCAUAUGUUUAUUCUUCUCCUACUGUGGUUGACUUGGAUGGUGAUGGAAAAUUGGACAUUCUUGUUGGCACUUCCUAUGGCUUGUUUUAUAUUUUGGAUCAUCAUGGCCAAGUGAGAAACAAAUUUUCUCUUGAGAUGGCUGAGAUUCAAGCACCAGCUAUGGAAGCUGAUAUUAAUGAUGAUGGCAAAAUUGAAAUAGUGACAGUUGGCACUCAUGGAAAUGUUGUAGCAUGGACUGCACAAGGAGAAGAAAUUUGGGAAGUGCAUCUUAAGAGUCUAAUACCACAGAUAAAUAUCAUUAUGGCAGAGCAGCAGCCUGUAGCACCCCGUGGCUACAAGGUCCUUACUGUUGUCGGAGACUCAUUCACUCCAGAUGGCCACCGAGUUGCCACAUAUAUCACAGGCAAAUUCAAGGAACGAAAAAGAUACACAUGGGUGGACGGGCAAGAAGAGCAAUUUAAAGCUACAUGGAAUACUUACUGUGCUAAAUUGUACAGAGAUCAUAUGUAUUAUAUGAGAAAGAAGGGCAUCAGGCCUCCGUAUGUUUCUGAGACGAUUUGGAGUGCAUGGACGGCCACCUGGGUUGCAGAAAGGUGGCAAACAAAUGCUGAAAAGGCAAAAGCAAAUAGAAAUACAGAGCCAGGUGGCCUGAGCACCGGCUGUGCUAGUUCCUCUUCUUCCAGUGAGAUGCAGUCUUUAAGACAUGAAAAUCAAGAACUGCGUACUCAACUGAAAUCAAUGGAUCAGAGGAUGACUGAGAUGGAUCAAUGGAGAGCUGAUGAGGAGAAGAAGAGAGUCGAACGCGACAAGAGCAAUGAUGAUCUCAUGGCCCAGAUGCGCCAGAUCGUGGCUAAUUUCACUCAGGGAUCACAUGGUUCUGAGUCACAGGAGACUCAAGAUCCAUCACGCAGGGAUGAUUAA